AGUUUCAUGGUGAGGCCUCUCAGCUUCUCUCGGACUGGCAGCACCUGCACCAGGAGGCCCAUGUGGAGUGGCAGUGAGCGGGCCGUACACCUCAGCACUUUAGCCGGCUAUCCUUUCAGUGUUUCGUCUUGUGAAUGUGCGCUGCCGCCAUUGCUCCAGGAUGCUAUUAGAGGCGAAGGACGGAGAGGAGACGGCUGUGUUUAAAGCGGUUGCCGCUUCUGUGCAGGUUCUGGUGGAGCCGGUGGGUCGAUGGUUUGAAGCCUACAUCAGGAGGAGAAACAGAAAUGUGUCGGCCUCCUUUCAAGAGCUGGAGGAAGAAGAGGAGUCCUCAGAAGAGUCGGAGGAUGAAGAGUUACAGCUGGAGGAGCACCCGAUGCUCCGAACACUGGAUCCUAAAGACUGGAAGAAUCAAGAUCACUACGCUGUCCUCGGCCUCCCGCAUUUGAGGUAUAAAGCCACACAGAAACAGAUUAAAGCAGCCCACAAAGCCAUUGUGUUAAAGCACCAUCCUGACAAAAGGAAAGCAGCAGGAGAACAGAUUGUUGAAGGAGACAAUGACUACUUUACCUGUAUAACUAAAGCUAUUGAAAUUCUAUCAGACCCAGUGAAGAGAAGAGCCUUCGACAGCGUUGAUCCAACCUUUGACAAUAGCGUGCCUUCCAAAGGUGAAGGCAAAGAAAACUUUUUUAAGGUGUUUGCUCCUGUUUUUGAGAGAAAUGCCAGAUGGUCUUCCAAAAAGCAUGGGCCAUCUCUCGGAACCAUGGACUCGUCUUUUGAAGAAGUGGACAAUUUUUACUAUUUUUGGUACAACUUUGACUCAUGGAGGGAAUUCUCCUACUUGGAUGAAGAGGAAAAGGAGAAGGCUGAAUGUCGAGACGAAAGGAGAUGGAUCGAGAAGCAGAACCGAGCUUCCAGAGCUCAGAGGAAAAAGGAGGAGAUGAACAGAAUACGCACUCUAGUUGAUACGGCCUACAGUUGUGACCCUAGAAUUAAGAAAUUCAAAGAAGAAGAAAAAGCCAGGAAAGAGGGUGAGAAGAAGGCUAAAGCUGAAGCCAAGAAGAAAGAGCAGGAAGAGAAGGAGAGGGCCCGGCAGGCGGAGCUUGAGGCGGCUCGCUUAGCGAAGGAGAAGGACGAAGAGGAGGCCAGACAGGCUGCCCUGCAGGCUAAGAAGGAGAAGGAGACCCAGAAGAAAGCCAUCAAAAAGGAGAGGCAGAAACUCAGGACCACCUGCAAGAACUGGAAUUACUUUGCUGACAAUGAAGCUGACAGUGUGAAAAUGAUGGAGGAAGUGGAGAAACUCUGUGAUCGCCUGGAACUAACAAGUCUGCAGUCUCUGAAUGAGAUGCUGGCUUCAGCCUCAAAGGAGGACAGCAAGGCAGCAGUGGAGAAGCAGGUAGAGGAAGUAAACGCGCAGCUGCAGAAGGAGAGGGAGGCUGAGGUUCAAGCCCGGCAGGCGGCCCGGAGCGCCGAGCAGGCCAGUGGAGGGGUCGGCGGGGGAAAGGGUUGGAACGAGGAUGACCUCCAGCUGCUCAUCAAAGCGGUUAAUCUGUUUCCUGCUGGAACUAAUGCCAGGUGGGAGGUCAUUGCUAACUACAUGAACUUGCACUCCUCUAGUGGGAUGAAGAGGACAGCCAAAGAUGUAAUCAACAAAGCCAAGAAUCUUCAAAAACUUGAUCCACUGCAGAAAGAUGAGAUCAACAAAAAGGCCUAUGAGAAGUUCAAGAAGGAGCACACAUCGGUGCCACCUUCCGUAGACAACGCCUUGCCCUCAGAGAGAUUUGAUGCCUCUGGAAGUGAAGGGAACACCAGCCCCUGGACCACAGAGGAACAGAAACUUCUGGAACAAGCACUGAAGAGCUACCCUGUGAGCACACCUGAGCGGUGGGAGAAGAUCGCUGCUGCUGUUCCUGGACGGAGCAAGAAGGACUGUAUGAAGAGGUACAAGGAACUGGUGGAGAUGGUCAAAGCCAAGAAAGCUGCUCAGGAACAAGUGGCAGCCAAGAAUAAAAAAUGACACCAACCAUAAAUAAGGAUAGAAUCUGUGUUAUUUUAAUGUUAUUGUGUUAUUCUUUAUUUUAUAAUAAAAAAAUCUAGACCCAAGA